UCCCCGCUAGGAAGUGGUUUAAUGUCUGGUGUUUUGCUCUCACUCUGCUGUGAAGCAAGGCUUGGGUUUCACAAGCAGGAGGCAGGAAGACUUUGACCUUGUGGGACUACGUUUCCCAUCAGGCAGCAAGAAAGUCAAGGUGGGAGGAGAAUAGCAAGAGCCUUCUACCUGUUCAGGCAGAACCAAGUCAAGGAAUCGGUCAGGAAGCAGGAUCAUGGCUUUCUCCGACACAGAGGUGGAUGAGGACUUUGACUACUUGUUCAAGAUCAUUCUGAUUGGAGACUCGAAUGUGGGAAAGACCUGCGUAGUCCAUCGGUUCAAGUCAGGACAAUACCAUACAAAGCAACAGAAUACUAUUGGGGUAGACUUCACAGUGCGUCCACUUGAGAUCGAUGGCAAAAAGAUCAAGAUACAGGUGUGGGAUACAGCUGGCCAAGAACGCUUCCGGACAAUAACCCAAAGUUAUUAUCGUAGUGCCCAUGGGGCUAUCCUUGCCUAUGAUAUGACCAGACAGUCCACUUUUGAAUCUAUUCCUCAUUGGAUUCAUGAGAUUGAAAAAUUUGGUGCUGCUAAUCUGGUUCUAAUGUUGAUUGGGAACAAGGCGGAUGAAGCAGACAAGAGGCAAGUGCUGUUUGAAGAUGCUUGCACGCUAGCUGAGAAGCAUGGGCUUUUAGCUGUGUUGGAAACGUCAGCCAAGGAGGCCCAAAACGUUGACGAGGUCUUCACACUGAUGGCCAAAGAGCUGAUAGCCAGGAAUACCUUACAGCUCCAUGGAGAGAGCAGUCCUCUCGAGAACAUCCAUUUGGACACCCGACCAAUAAUAGCCAGUCAGGCUGAGAGCUCCAGUUGCUCCUGUUGAUGAAAUGCUCUGUGGGGGGAAAUACCACUAGCAUAUUUCCAGAGGCCUACACUAACAUAAGAAGAUUCUUCCUUCUAGCCUUGCGUUUGCUGUAUUUUUCAACCAUACAGUUUUGGCAUAAUGCCUUUCUCCUGAAGCAAACACUUCUUUUUCUUUUGAUGGUCCAAGAAGGUUGCAGUGGCCUUUGUCUCAAUGCAACUUUUCAGCUGAAGAGGAAAACGUCUGUUGGAAACUGUGAGAAACUAUCCUUGGAAAAGAACAAUGGAUCCCUCUGACAGAAGCAGGUGGAUGUUUUUCAGCCUCCGUUAAGAGCUGUCCUGUUCGGUUUCUACUGGUUUCCUCCAGUGACAAUGGAGAAAAUUAGAAGUUUAGCUCUUAGAUAUUGUGACGUAUUUCUUUUAUAUUAUAGUUCAAAGGGUUACUGAUGUCAAUUGAUGAAACUAAUGUGGUUAAAUAUUAAAUAGCAGUUUUGAAUGUCUGCAGUUGAUUUUUACUGGCUUGUCAGUUGACGUAGGAUUUACUCUACCUCCAGAAGCUAGUGAUUAUGGGGGACUUAAUGCAUGUGUUCUACUUUGUUUUCCUGUUCUGACUUUGUACAGUCCCAGCACUAGAAGUGAAUGUCUGUGAUGGUAAAGUUUUAUUUUCUUUGAAAUUAAAACACUUGACUGAUGUUAUUAAAUCUGAAUUUAAUAACCUAUAAAGAUUGCAAACCACAAAAGGGAUCAACAUUUAGAAAUACUGAAAAGGCAGCUGCCAAGAUGACUGUUUGUUGCAGAUGCAAGAGAACUUGAGGCAUGGAAAUGACACAUCAUAACAGGCUGUGUUACCUGUAAUAUGUUACUUUCUGAGAUGACAGGAACAUAAUUAUUGCCCCACCAGACUGCAAAAACAACUGACAAGUUUGUGUUUCCAGUAUAAUAAGCAAUGUUUAGUUCUUACCCCAGAACAUUGUUUUUGAGGAUUUGUUUGAUCAUUCUUGUGUUUUAAAGUGCCUUUUUAAAAAAUUUAAAUGGUGAUUAACAGGACUCACUUUAAAAAAUCACAAGUAACACAUUACUACUUAACAUAACACUCCAAACACUGUAGCAACUGAUUUUCCCAUGCUAGAGUAAUGGCUUUUAAUAUUAUCUGUAUGAGUGUAGGAUGUUUUCUGCACCCAUUAUUUUGAAAAAUGUUGUGAAAUGCUUGUACAGAUUUUGAUGCUAGACAUUCAUGGAAAGGUGGUGCAUGCUUUUCUUUGUUAAUGGAAGGGAUAAAUCUUGUUCAUGGUGGGUUCAAUCCAGACAGUCGUACUUGCAAUAAAAUCUUUUAAUCGUGUUAGCCAUGACU